AUGCCCUCGGGUCACGUCAACCCGAAGGCCUCGCUGCAUAGCAUCACGCAACAGCCGGCAGCUGGGAGCGCUGGUGUGGAGACCAGGAGCUUCUCUGACAGUAGUCGACAAGCAUCUCGAUCAUCCCCAGAUCACAACGGUAACGGAACAGCUGCCAGGAGUCGACGCCCAAGUAUCAGCGCCUUUGCAGCUGCGAUGACGCCUUCUUCUCCCACGUCGCGGAUGCGAGCGAAGUUUUCCAACGUUCACGGACACUUGCCUUCGGUGAACGUCGGCGGAGGCGACGACAAUGUGGCACCCGCCCCUCCUUCAGGCGUUCUCUUCCCAUACACACCGAUGUCCAGCUUGCCUUCUUCAGCCGUGAUGCAAGUAGGUCCGCAAAGUGCUGGGGGGAACCGACGACCCGGCCUUCUUUCCCCCGGUCCUUCACACUUUGAGAAGAUCCUUGCGGACAGAGCCGCGGCUUCGAAACACAAACACACCAAUAGUGUGGACAGUGACAAUGCUUCGCUCGCGAGCUUUGGCUGCGAGGGUGCCGUGGAGUUUGACCGACAGUACCGCAACAUCACGAAUGCCGACUUGGAUCCCGGGGUUCGUGAAAGAUUUCUUGACGGCAUUUUCAUGAAGCUCACAUCUAGGGCAGGCAAGAGCGGCUCCCAGUCACGCACCUCGCCCGGCUCCGCGAAAGGAAGACAAGGAAAGGUUCGCGCUCUCAAGCCUCACUUUCUGGAUCUCACAGCAAUCAUCAACCCGGUACCACGAGAUCAGCGCGAUACCAGUGUGCAGACACCCAGCUCGACAUCCAGCACUUCCACGAGUGAUUCACCCGUAAGCUGGGAUGCCGAUGUCCCUCAAGGUGUCUCGCCGACGGGUUCCACACCUCUUUUACGUUCUCGACGAAGUGCAGAGUCGCUUGCUGAUGGCCGCCGUAGACGCAAGCAGAGCUGGUUCGGUGCAAAUGUGGCCGGCGUGCCGCCCACCUCAGCAGACAUGCGCGUCACGCAGAGCGCGCAAGAAUACUCGUCGAGCUCACACGUGCCGACGCUGCCCGAGUGGGCCAAAAAGUCCAACAUGUCGCGCUGCGACUUGCCAAAGAGCCAACUUGACGAGCCUCUGAGCCCUAUCAGUCCCUUGGCUCGCAGCGCGCAGAGCAAUAGCCAGUCUGCGUACCAGCCGAAGGACACUUCCACCAUUCGUGGCCCUCGAGCACAUGGCAAGGUCUCCGGAAGCCACUCGCGCGCUCGAUCAAUUCACGAUGCAUUGAUAAGCGCCAAUGUAGCACCGUCGCUUGAUGCCAACAACGUCGCCAUGACACGUGCCGCCAGCUACGACGUCACUUCUGGCAACAGUGCACCGGCGCGCGGGUCUCAGCUCAAGCAGGAGCCCAUGAACCAUCUGCACAGCUUAAUGCAUCUCGAUGGUCCGCUUCAGCCCGGUGUGGUCGUGCCCCGCAGCGGUCUUCCGUCCUCGCGUUCGUCGCCAAAGAAGGACUCGCGCAGAGGCGACGAAAAUGUCAGCCCGAAUGCGGGUAGGCACUCGCCGACCAAAUGCAGAGAUCAGGGAGCUGCCCCGUUCGCGCCGAUCUCCAACGUGCACAUGCAGCGAGGCGCUUCGGUGAAUGAGCGACAGUAUAGCAAGAUUCAGAGCUCUCCGCCAAAAGUGACAGCCGUCCAACGUCAAGGAGCGGUCUCGCGCGGCUCACGCGGCUCUUUGAGCUCAGCGACGAGCGCGGAAGGUAGCAUGCCACCAACGCCAGUGCGGAACUAUGCCGAGCUUCCGCCCCUGAACGAUGCCUCCACUUACGUCCGGGAAGGCUCUCUGCAGAAGCUUUACGAGUAUUCGAUUCCAGACAAACGAACAGAGCAACAUGCGCAACACAGGCGUGGCUAUUCGCGCGAACACAUUGCAAUCCAGUCUUCUCCGGUCAAGAGGCAGUCACAUGCUCGACAUGGCUCCGACACUACUCCUCGGCCCGUGAGAUCGCGCGUCCUUCGCUCAGGCUCGGUCGUGCGCGAGGCGCCUACUCCUCAUGUUGCAUUGGCUUCACUCGAGAGUCCCACUCGCCAGAAGACUCCAGUCACGACCUUACAGAGCACCCUCAAGUCAUCCCCCACCAGGGACCUUGGGCAGCCGGCUGCUUUUGCAGAUGCAAACGCUCUGCACCAGCUUGGAUGGACGGUGACUCAAGUUGGGCAUGAUCAGGCACCUGCGCCUCGCCUACAGGUGGCGAGACCUCGCGCUGCGACAGUAUCAUCUUCUGCUGCAUCCGGAUGUCACUACGGGUCUGAGGCCAACGGAGCCAUGCGACAGCUUUCGCCGAAGGAUGCCCAAAUCUCGGGACAGGCCGAAGUACCCAGACGUCCACCGAACGAGCCCCUGCCUGCAUUGCCCAAGCCGGAAGAGCACAGUCGAAUCUCGUACUUGAGCACCACUUCCACCGACAGUCAAUCCUCGAAUUCUACCGCGGGUCUUUCGAAUCACUAUACUUACGGUUUGGGCCCGACCUCCAUGGCCAAGUCUACAGGUGCGGCAGCGAGCGAUUCGCCAGCCAGCAGCGACGGAAGCAACGCUAGUCCCCAAAGUCGCUCCAGAAGGCAGAACGCGUCUUCGAGAGGUGCGGAGUGGGCUAGCCAAAUCGGCAGGACACUGUUCCACAAGCCAUCGUUUUCACGCACCGUGGUCGAUGGAGACGUGGAGGAGGGCCACCGUCAGGCCAGCAGCUUCACCGAAAGUCGCUUCCUGGCGCCUUUCGAGCAGCGCGCUUAG